AAUUUCAUAAAUAUGGCGCUUCUUACGAUUACUUAAAAUGUCAAACUAUUCAUAGCAAUUUAUUGAAUAAUAUAAUAUAAUUGGAACUUGUUAACAUUAUAGAAGUUAUUGAACGAAAAAAAAUAUUCAUUUAGACAUAUUUUGUAAAUUGUUUAAAUUUAACGUUGUAAAUAACGAAAAAAAAGAGAUUCUUAAUUAGAUAGAAGAGUCAUAACCUGCAACUAUGGAUGAAACUUAUUUCGAUGAAGGACCACCGGGAAAUUUCGAAACAGCUACACUAGAAAUUACUAAAGAACUUGAUAGCAACGAAUUUAACAUUCAAAAUGCUGUUUUUGCUGAUACUACAAAAAAGAACAGAGAAAAUGAAGCGUAUAUUUCAAGUCAAGUUCCAUCAACAAGGGAUGUAUCUAAUAUGCCUUUCAAGCAUAUAGAUACUCAUUCAUUUUUCUCUGAUAGAAAUGAAGUUGUUGAUAGAGCAUUAAAAGAUUGUCAGGAAAGUUUGAUAAAUGAAGAGGAAAAGGAUAUUGUUGGAAGCUGGCUCUUAACAGAAAUAAGUUUAUGGGAUAUUGAAAAGGAAAGAUUAGUAAUAUUAACUAACAAAGCUAUUUAUUCAAUAAAAUAUGAUUUCAUUUCCUUAAAAAUAUUAGAAUAUAAUCGAAUACCUUUGUUGCAAAUUGAUACACUUGUUUUGGGUGAAUUAGUUUAUCCUCCUUCAUCUCUAGCACCACGAUUAAGUGGAUUGGCUGAGGGUGUAUCAUCAAUAAUUCAUUGUGCAGGUCGUCAAGAGUGGUCUUCUCUUGUUUCUUGUACAGGUCUUGCACAGUUUGAACCUAGGAAAAGGCACAUGUCUGGAAUAAGAUUGAUGUGGAAUAAAGGUAAUCCAUUACCAUUAAUAAAAAAAUGGAAUCCAUUUGCAAAAGAUAUACCAUGGCUUACUUAUUCUAGUCAUCCAUUAUUUUGGUACAAAGGAUCUGAAGCUGAGAAGGCAAAGUUCAAAGUUGAAGAUUUUCAAUCAUGUAUUAAAAAUUUUUUGCCAUCAGAUUGUAGUGUAAGAAAUGGACUUAUUAUCAUAGAAAACUAUUUUGGUGUAGGUGCAUUAGUACAUAACAGAAAUAAUUUAGGUUUUUUUAAAAUUCGUGGAAAAGUUAGUUUUUAAUCAAA